AUGGCAAUGGACAACCAGAGUACUACACUCUCCAUCGUAGAGGCUUCAAUCGCAUCCCUUGCAUCUGCACUUUCUCAAGGUCAUAUCAACAGCGUUGAACUGACCGCCAAGCACUUGCUGAGAAUCGCCAAGUAUGAUCGCCGAACCACUCAGCUCAAUGCUAUCCCAGUCAUCAAUCAAGAUGUGUUUGAUGCUGCUCAAGCAUCGGAUCACCGUCGCUCCAUUGGCAAGACACUGGGCUUGCUGGAUGGAAUUCCUUGCACGAUCAAGGAUUCUUACAAGAUCCGAGGUAUGACGGUAGCUGCUGGGUCUCCCGCUUUCAAGGACCUCAUCGCAAAUGAAGAUGCGUUCACUGUUGGGAAGCUGAGAGACGCUGGCGCUGUGUUCUUGGGUCGUACCAACAUGCCCCCAAUGGCUGCAGGUGGUAUGCAGCGAGGCGUUUAUGGCCGUGCUGAGUCGCCCUACAAUGAAGCCUAUCUCACGGCUGCUUUCGCUUCGGGAUCAUCCAAUGGAUCCGCCACAGCGACCGCAGCAAGCUUUGGUGUCUUUGGUAUGGGAGAGGAAACCAUCUCAUCUGGCCGUUCACCUGCUUCCAAUAAUGGUUUGGUGGCAUACACUCCCUCCAGGGGACUCAUAUCAAUCAGAGGCAACUGGCCUCUUUUCCCCACCUGCGACACUGUAGUUCCUCAUACGAGAACUAUGGAAGACAUGUUUGCGCUUUUGGAUGUAAUUGUUGCAGCAGACGACAAGACAAGCUGCGACUUUUGGCGAGAGCAGCCUUUUGUUAAGCUCCCAGACGUCGAUUCUGUGCGACCAAAGACGUUUUUUGAUCUCUCUGAUCCCAAUGCUCUCAAAGGCAAAAAGAUCGGUGUUCCAAAGAUGUACAUCGGUGGCGCGGACUCUGACCCGGAUGCACGAAAGGUUCAUACCCGCGACAGUGUUAUCGACCUUUGGAAACAAGCCAGGACCAUACUUGAAGGCCUUGGCGCCACAGUUGUUGAGACUGACUUUCCACUCGUCACUGAAUUCGAGAAACCUCUCAGUGGUGAGAGCAAAACGGAAACACCACCUCAUCGCAAUGAGAUUGAUAUGUGCCAAUUGAUGGCCUAUUCUUGGGACGACUUCCUGGCAGCAAAUCAAGACUCCAAAGUGGCAUCGUCUCUUGCACAAGUCGAAUCAUCCACUAUAUUCCCCCAUCCUCCUGGAUGCCUACCAGAUAGAUACGAUGCCAACGAUCCUCUUGUUCGACAUACGGCUGUUGUUGCCCACGUCACCAAUGGCCGUGUCCCGACUUACGAGAUUCCAAACCUUGGGACGGUACUUCACAACCUUGAGUUGAAGCGCAAGUCAGAAUUUGAGGAUUGGCUUGAUACCCUAGGCCUAGACAUGGUUGUAUGGCCUUGUAAUGCCGAUGUGGGCAAGGCUGAUGCGGAUGUUGACGAAGAGUCUGCAAAGCAUGCAUGGCUCAAUGGUGUUCUGUAUUCGAAUGGAAACUGCGCAAUUCGCCAGUUUGGUAUUCCGACUGUCAGUGUGCCAAUGGGAGUCAUGGCUGAUUCGAGAAUGCCUGUCAAUCUCACUUUCGCAUCCAAGGCCUAUGAUGACAAGAACUUGUUUCGAUAUGCCUAUGCCUUUGAAAAGGGCAGCUUACUUCGUCAGAAACCAUCGAGAACCCCACAGUUGGCAACAGACUCUAUUGUAUGCAGCCAUGGGAGUAGUACUAUCGAAUCGACGCCACCUCAGCUCACUAUGGAUGCCACAGCGUCAAUUGUAGAUGGAGAAAGGCAAUUGGCAAUUUUCGGUACAGUUGAUGAGGACGAAUUGUGCGAGUUGCAUGUUUAUGUUGAUGGGGAGGAGUUAGAAGACGCCAAGGUUACCAACGGGAAAUGGGAGGUACAUGUGAAGAUGAAGGAAGCACAGAGGUCUCGACCAGAAGGAAUCAGCGUCCCUGAUUUCAGUAAGUCAAUGGUCCUUGCUUUAGUUAAAGGGAAGAAUGGCAGGUCUAGUGCUAGCAUGAUAUUUAUUUAG